UGGUCCAUUCCCAUCAUGCUACACCUCUCUCAACUCCUGAAGAUAGAUCUGUAUCUUCUGCUAAACCUCUUUCUUCUUCUCUGUCUCCUUCAUCAUCUUCUUCGUCUCCAUCUUCAUCCUCUUCCUCAUCUUCAUCAUUUUUUAUGAAAUCAGGUUCUUUAGACUCCACUGAGUCUCUUUCUCAGUCUUUUCUUUCCUCUGGACCUUCUUCAAGCUCAUCAUUCUCAUCUGCUUCCAAAACCUCUAGUGUUGAAUCCCAGUCAGCUUUAAAAAAUAGACUUUCACAUUCUAAAAAAGCUUCUCGUAUAUCCUCUAAUACAGAUUCUUCCCCAUUAUCCUCUAACUCACAAGCUGAGCUUCCAGCUUCAUCAUCAUCAAGGCCAUCAUCCUCUGCAGAUCCCAUUAACUCAUCGUUUUUCUCAUCACCAUCAUUAUCACCCUCACCAUCACCAUCAAUAUCAUCAUCACCAUCUCGACCAUUAUCGCCACAAUCACUACCACAAUUGAAGGCACCUACUUUCAAAUCUUCGUCCUUUGCACCCAAAAUUUCCAAGUCAGGGUCCUCUUCCCCUACACCUCAAGCACGAUCUGACCCAUCCUCCUCAGGCUCCUUUGCCCAAGUACAUUUUCCUUCUGCUAAACAGGAAGACUCUAUAUCACAACCAGGUGCUAAAUCUGCAACAGCUCUAUCUCCUGGUUCCAAAAAAGAACGAUAUUCUUCAUCUUCUCCAUCUAUCACCAAUGAUAAUCCAACUGGCCGUAAUCUCUAUCCUUCUUCGAACUUAGGAAAAGUCUCAAAGCGCAGACAGCGAAAGCUGCCACGCACUAAUGUUAUUCAAGGAGCAGGACAAGAUCCAACUAAGGGUAAAAGUAUAAUGAAGAAUGCUGAUAAAGUAGGAAAGUUGAGGUCAAGAUAUUAACGCCAAACUCUAUGGAAGAGGAAGACUCAAAUAACCUCCUCCUGUCACAAGAAGAGACCGAGGCAUUUCAAAAUAUGAUUGUCAAUCUAUUGAGUGCUAAUGCAGAAGAGUUGGAAGAAAGAGAACACCACAGAAAAUUAGAGAAGAACUAUGGCUUCAAAUUCAAUGACAAUAGAGAGGCAGAGGAAGACGAGUUAAUAUGAAUCUCUCGGGAAAAUUGUACUUAUAUGAUUUUAUUUAUUUUAAGUUUCUUUUGGGGUCUCUUCAGCUUCUGAGGUCAUGAUCACGUAAAUCUCUUCACCUUUUUUAAUCAUUGUAUAAGACAUCCAUAUUAGCAUUUAGAUUAUUUUGACUUUCUUUUUGUACAACUGUAUUUUGUUGAGUUUUCAUCUUGUUAAUGUGAUUAAAUUAAAUCAUUAUUAAGGGUAAAGUCUACAACAUCAUAAAUCAUCUGUCAGUCUAAAUCACAACAGUAUUGACAAAAAAGAGAAAGGAAAUUGCUGAUUUAAUGCAGUAAAAAGAAAUAUGUAUAAUGAUUUAGAUAGGAAACUAUACCAUCUUGCCAUAUCUUGCUUUAUAUUAUUUAGGAACUAUGUUUGUGAAAAUGGAUCUUCAUUUAAGCAAAAUCUGUGAAGAAAGUAUUUGUUCAGUAUAUUUUUGAUUUUCCAGCUUUAUAUGAAACUUAUAUAUAGCUCAAUAUAUAUAUUUGUAUGUAGAUGUUUAAACACAUACAGGCAUACACAGUCAAACACACACACACUCACACAUACAAAUAAAAAGAUUGAAUGGAAGAACAAUUACAAGCAGAUAAAAGAUACACAUGCACAGUUUUGUUGUUGCAUUUUGAUGUUUCCUUUUGCAAAUUACUGCACCAAUCACAGGUUAUAUAAGUAUGGAAAAAGCAUGUUACCUCAGUCAGAUCAUUCUAAAAUAUAACAUUUUAUACCAGAUAUAUUACUGAUACUAAAGGAUGAUUUACAGUCCACUGUGUAAGUUCUCAUUUAUUCUAAUACUAAGUACAGGUAUUAUCACUUGGAUUGUUAAUCCAGAGAUAUCCAUAUGUAUCAUAGGCUUUUCUUUUGUUUUCUGGAAUGAUGUUUCUAGUCAGUGUCUCUCCAAGUAUUAGUUCAUUAAAAGGAGUAUAUGUGUACCUACAUUUUCAAGGAUUUAAAAGAAAACAUUAAGUACUUCUAAGAGAUGUUGAUGUGUACAUUGAAGCUCAAUUUGCGAUCACCUUUUCCUUGGUUUGGAUAAAAGCCAAGUGCAUAAGAGCAAUCUGUUUUUAUAUUGGUUGUGUACAGUUAGAUAAUAAUAAUAUCUGCAGUGGAAAUUAUGUGCAUGUAUAUGCAGUAUAUAUAUGUAUAUGUUUGUGACUAUCUUAGAUAUUGAGAAAGAAAGAAGAAAAGAAUGAAUGUGUGUGCAAGAAAAAACAUUAUAAAAUAAACUAAACAGAAUAUGCGAAAGAGGGUGUUUGUAAUAUAUGUAGAUAAACAUACAUAGACAUGUGUAUUUCUGUAUAUACAUACCAUACAGCUCAGAUUUAUGGCCAUAUAUAUAAAACAAGCAAUCAUGUUUCCUGCAUAUUAGCAGUCUAAAUGAUGUUACUAACUUUGCUAAAAACAUUUAACCAACCAUUUAACACUCCUAAACUAAGAUGAAGAUCACUUUUCUUUGAUGUGUGAAUAUUCAGUGCAAUCUUGUGCAAUAUUCAGAAAAUAAAAUGUGGGUGUUGUAUAAAAA